AUGUCGCUUGGACAUUGCGCCGAGACGGCGGCACAGGACGAAGAUGAUUGGGCUGUUCGAGACGAUAAUGCUCGUAAUUUGAUUGAAAAAGAUGAUCAGAGUGCUGUAUAUGCUUCUGCUUCAUCCAAUGACCAAGUAGGAACCUCUAUGGAUGCUCAGAACGAAGAGGAUCAGGCCGCAGACCUCGCGGUUCUCGGCGAUACUUGUCCAAUUUGUCUUCAGCGACUUAAGGACUCUGUAAUGCUCACGAUUUGCUAUCACGUCUACUGUUUCGAGUGUCUUAGUACGUGGGUAUCUAGUCUAGAGCUGCAUGGUGUGGAAUUAGCCACUUGUCCAUUGUGCAAAGCUUCGUUCGAGACGGUCUAUGCCAACGUGCGGAGUGAGUCGGACUAUGAGGUUAUUCGCUUCCAAGGGAGACGGAUACAUGACCAGGAGAUUAGAAAUAAACAGGGAAAAAAUAGGCAGAGUGAUCGACAGAGAUUGCGACGUCGAUCGCUUGUCUAUCGAAAUAAAAUGCGACUCGUUCGCGUGGCUGGAAAGGAAGUGAAAGACCUGGAUACGUUCCCAAAGAUGCACAAGGUUAAGGGGGGAUGCGGAGCCAAGAAAUGUUACGACGAGUUGACGCAAGCGCUCAUGCCGUUUUUGUACGAGGAUGCCAAGCAAUUUGUCCGAGAGCUGGCUUCCUUUUUGGGCUCUAGGCUGAAUGUCGAGGCAUACGACGCGGCAGUGGAGUAUCGCUGCGAAAAUGCUGCCGACUGUACAAAUGCGCUGUGCUGUGGCAGUUGA